AUGUCAAGUUUUGGUAGUUUCCAGUAUAACGUAACAACCUGUCACGAAGAUUCCAAUUUCUAUCGCGGUUUAAAUUACUUUAAAAACACAGAUUAUCAGGAAGCCAUGACGUUCUUCAAGCUGGCCAAAAAAGAGAGAAACGGGACAACGCCUGCUUAUGUUUUUUUGGCUGUCAUGUAUUUUGUUGGGUUGGGUGUAGCACGAAAUCCUAAAAAGGCAGUUUAUUAUAUUAAUAGGAUUCAUGGCCAAUACGGGUGUCGUGUGGCAAAUUACAUUCUUGGAUUAAUGUACAAAAAUGGUGAUUAUGUCGAAAAAGACUUUCAAGAGGCCGUUGCACAAUUUGCGGCUACCUCAAAGUAUGAAUGGGCCAAUACUCACAUUGCUGAAAUUUAUCAAAUUUUGUCCGCCGUCGGAAAAGAGGGGAGUAUAGAUUGGCAUGGAGAUGUUAGACGUAUGUCAAAAAAUAAAGCCCAGGCUUCAGGUACAGAGGCAGACAUGCAGCUAUUAUUCACUCUUGUUAGAAACUAUGAAGAAAAUGACUACAUGUACGAUUUAAAAAAGAGUGCCGUCUUUUACCAGCAACCGUUUAAGUAUAUCAGUCAAAAACUAUGUGAAUUGGGUUCAAAGCUUAUGUGUUUUAGACCUGUAUUGAUUUGA